UUUUUCAAAGCGCAGAGAGAGAGAGAGAGAAAUCAGAAAUGGCAAUGGAGGAGAGGGGAAAAGGAAGUGAGAGAUGGAGCGGAGCCAUAACCAAUCUGACCGAGAUGGCUUCGAAUCUGGAGUCACUUCAGAAGCUACUCCUCAAGAAAGCUGUCUUUGUUGACGAAGAGACCUUUGCCAAAGCCUCCCUCAGUUCCGAACAAGCCCGUACCAUCAAGGUUCUUGAGCAAAGGGUAGAGACUUUGGAAAGAGAACUCGAUGCUGCCAUCACGGCUGCGGCUCGUGCUCGUUCUGAGAAACGACAGGCCGAGGCAGCUCAGAAAGCUGCUGAAUUACAUGCACAAGAGAUUACAAGAGAGCUUGAGAACACCACAAAGGUAUUUGAGCUGCACAUGGAAGAGUUGCGUGCAAAGCAGGGUGAAAUCUCAAAGCGUGAUGAGGAAAUUAAAGUCCUCCAAGCUAUUGUUCAAACGCUAGGUGGAAAAGUGUCACAUUCUGCAAAUGGUUAAACACUGCUCUGCUGAGCUGAGCUUGUAAAUUCAAGAGAUAGGAACAGUUGAAUGUCUACACUUUACUAAUUGCAAUGUUUCCACACAAAUUCUCUCUCUGCUCUAAUUUGUUAUUGGGUUGAAUUUACUAUUGUAGAUGAAUGAAAGGAUCUCAGCAAAUUGGCUGAAAGUGCUCGUGUAUUUCUUGUUCAUAUUGGUCUUUUAAUCUUCUAUAUUUAAUGAAUGAAAUUGCGGUAGGAGAUGUGAAA